CGUCGACGUCUCGUGCGAUGAAGAGAAGGGCAGUUCAUCGGAGUGAUUCCCCCUCCGGAGUCAGUGAAGCUCGGCGGGCUGGUAGAGUCCAGAGGAAGGGGGGGGCAUGGUCCCAGUCUUGGCUGAAAAGAGGGUUAUUGGCACUCUUUGUUCUCUUCAUUUUGGUGCCUUUCUUGCUGAGAAUACUCCCGGAAUUAAUCCAGCACCUUGUUUACACACACAGAAUCAGGGUGCCAUUCUUUGUUGACCUCAGCCGACCGGCUGAUCUCUCCCUUAAUCACACCAUCAACAUGUACUUAACAUCAGAGGAAGGGAUCUCCCUUGGCGUUUGGCACACUGUCCCUGAAAGUCAGUGGAAAGAGGCACAAGGGAAGGACUGGGCAUGGUACCAGAACACUCUAAGCGAUGGAAGUCCAGUUUUCAUAUAUCUUCAUGGGAACACGGGCACGAGGGCAGCCACUCAUCGGGUGGGAGUGGCAAAACAGGUAUUGAGUGCACUUGGUUACCACGUGCUGGUGCCUGACUACAGAGGGUUUGGAGAUUCCACCGGGGAGCCGACUGAGGGCGGUCUCACCACUGAUGCCCUCUACUUGUACAACUGGGUCAAGGCACGCAGUGGAAACAGCCUGGUCGUCAUUUGGGGACACUCUCUUGGCACUGGAGUGACCACUAACACUGCAGUAAAGCUGAUUGAGCAAGAUGUGGUUUUUGAUGGUGUGAUCCUGGAGGGUACAUUCAAUGCUGCUCGACAGCAAAUGACAGAAUGUCCUUUUACUUGGUAUUACUGGAAAUUUCCCGGCACUGGGUACUUUUUCCCAGAGCCAUGGGCAGAAAACAAGGCUGUCUUUCCUACUGAGGAAAAUUUGAAGAAAAUGAAAAACCCAAUACUUUUCCUUCAUUCAGAGGACGAUCACCUAGUUCCCAUUGAGACUGCUCAGAAGAUGUAUGAGGUAGCAGCGAGUGCCCAGAAUACAGAGCGAGUCAAGCUGGUGUCAUUUGAAGGUUCUCUGGGGUAUCUGCACAACGGCUUGUAUAGAGACCCCCGUCUGCCUGACAUCAUAAAGAAGUUUGUGCUGUCAUUGUAAUAUGGAAGAGACGACUGAAACAGAAAAACGGUGCCACAUUUCAGAUGUAGAGCAAGGAUUGCAUUUCAGUGUUUUGCUUUGUCUUUACUUCUGCAUGUGUUUUGCAAAAAUACUUGAUCCAGAAUGUUUGUGUUAAACAUCUGUUAUUUUAAGACUGAAUGCCAAAGUUGUUCAGGCUAACAGAUCGUAAACUCUGUUUUUAGACGUUGCUACAGCAGGUGCCCUCUACUGGGUAUUGUUGUGUUGUGAUAAUGCUCAUCUAUAAUACCAGAUCGUGUAUCAGUUUAUUAAUCCAAGGCUUCAGAUGUCUAGGUGUCAGUAACGUUUCAGAAUAAUCCAAGGAGAACAGCUAGGAAACAUCUGCCCCCUGACCUUGUUAUCACAAGUGUGAUUUUAGGUAAAACACAAAUUGUAAAAAAUUCUGACUUCUUUCAGUUCAACCAUAGAAUAUAUAGUGCAGUUACAUAAGUUUAAAGAAUCUUAGUUCAUAUGUUAUUGCAGUUUAUUACAAUAAAUUUUACCCCCUCCCAAUGUCAA